UCGUGAAAUCGGCGCUCCAUUGAGAAUGUCUUUAUACAUGCACCGUGCACGCGCAUAACCUCUGGGUAACCAGUUGGAGGUUGAUUAAACUAACUCUUCUCAGGUGUUUUGGAACCGACAUACUCAUGGUAUGCCUGUUUGGGGUAAAUCAACCCAGAGGUUAUGAUUUAUCAAAUGAGCUGGAGUCGCUUCAUGAGGAGGACUCCUGAAAACUGUCUCACUAUCGAGCCAGGGGUCUGACGGCUGCUGUUAGCUACUGCCUCCGUGAAUAAACUCCUAUUAUACAGCGGAAGCACGAUGAGCGGAGGCGGGCUGAGCUCCGUGACCCUGCACGUGGACGGGAUGACGUGCGGCUCCUGCGUCCAGAGUAUCGAACAGCGGAUCGGAGGGUUGCCAGGCGUAAUCCACACCGAGGUGUCCUUGGAGCAGAAGAACGCUACUGUGAUAUUUGACCAAGCGCAUCACACUCCCAAAUCCUUAGCAGAUGCCAUUGAAGACAUGGGGUUCGAGUCGAGUGCGACAGACGCCACUUCCACCGCGGUCGUUCAAACAGAAACAAGAUCGUUCCCCGUUAGCAGCUGCAGUGCAGAUCUGCUCUCUAAACUCCACCAGCUCAAGGGGGUUCUGGAGGCCAAGGAGAAUGGUGAAGGCAGGAACAUCGCUGUCACGUUCGUCCCAUUUCUUAUAAGCGUUGAGAAAAUCCACGAAAUGCUGAACACACUCGUGCCACUGUCCAGCUCUGGCAACACUUCCAACGGUCAGGCAAGUUCCCAUAGUUCUGGUGGUGUGGAGCUGCUGAAGAUGCGCAUCGAGGGAAUGACCUGCCUGUCCUGCACCACCACUAUCGAGGGCAAGAUUGGAAAGUUAAAAGGAGUCCAAAAGAUCAAAGUAAAUCUCGAGUCCAAGGACGCUUCAGUCUCAUACGUGCCGUACCUCAUCACCGCAGAUGAGAUCGUGAAGCAGAUCGGAGUAGCAGGCUUCAAGGCCUCGGUGAAGUCCAAGCCUCGUCAGUUGCAGCUCUCUUCAGUGGAUCGCCUGCUCAAUGCCUCACGGCCCACGCGUUCUUCUCCAGAAGGGAGCGCCAAUGAUGAGACUGUGGACUGCACCAUCUCCAUCACCACAAUAAUAGAUGUAACAGGAAUGCAUUGUAACUCAUGUGUGGUGAAUAUUCAGGACAAUAUAGGAAAGCUGCCAGGAGUCAGCUCAGUGCAGGUCUCCUUGGAGAAAGGGCAAGCUUUAAUCCAGCACAAUCCAAAUCUAGUUACGGCGAAAGAUCUGCAGAGAGCCAUCGAAGCGCUGCCACCUGGGAAAUUUAAAACCCAGUCGGCUUUGCGCGAGGCCGUAUCUCCAGCUCCUCCAUUGGAACAAUCCCUCGUGCCAACCUUCUUGCAGCCGCUGGAUUCUACAGUUCAAAUCCACAUCGAGGGAAUGACCUGUAACUCGUGCGUGCAGACCAUCGAAAGUACCAUCUCCCAAAGGAAAGGUGUGAGAUCAGCGCAGGUGUCGCUGGCUAACCAUCAGGGGAUGUUCAUAUAUGAUUCUCUGAUCACCACAGCGGAAGAACUGCGAGCAGCGAUCGAGAACAUGGGCUUUGAUGCGUUUCUGCCCGAGACAAAUUCAUUGCUGCCGUCAGAUACGAAAAGUCCUGCAGCUGGACAGAAAUCCUCCUCGUCCCCCGCGCUUUCUACCAAAAAGGAGAAGGAAGUGGAGAUCGAUGCCGAGUCAGCAGCAACAACCACGCAUUCCAAGUGCUUCAUCCAGAUCGGAGGGAUGACAUGCGCCUCGUGCGUCGCCAACAUCGAGAGGAACCUCAAAAACGAGCCUGGGAUCCACUCUGUGUUGGUGGCGCUGAUGGCUAGUAAAGCGGAAGUGCGCUACAACCCCGGGGUCAUCGACCCGCUGAGGAUAGCCGAGUGCAUCAAAGAGCUGGGCUUCACCGCCUCCGUUAUGGAGAACUACGACAGCUCCAAUGGCACCCUGGAGCUUGUGGUCAGAGGGAUGACAUGCGCCUCAUGUGUCCACAAAAUCGAGUCUAACCUCAUGAAACAGAAAGGCAUUGUCUAUGCCUCUGUUGCCUUGGCAACAAACAAAGCUCAUGUCAAAUACGACCCGGAGGUGACAGGCCCUCGGGACAUAAUGAGAUUGAUCGAGAAUUUGGGUUUUACAGCCUCUUUGGUGAAGAGAGAUCGACCAGGAAAUCAUCUGGAUCACAGCAGAGAGAUUCAGCAAUGGAGAAGGUCUUUCCUCAUCAGCCUGGUGUUUUGUGUUCCUGUUAUGGGCAUGAUGAUGUACAUGAUGGUAGUGGACCACCAGAUUGAGACCACACACCAUCACAACGCCACACCGGAGGACAGACAGAUGUAUCACUCCAACAUGUUCCUGGAAAGACAGCUCCUUCCUGGUCUGUCCAUCAUGAACCUGCUCUCCUUCCUCUUCUGUCUGCCUGUGCAGUUUAUAGGAGGCCGUUACUUCUACACUCAAGCAUACAAAGCGCUGAAGCACCGGACUGCCAAUAUGGAUGUGCUAAUAGUCCUGGCUACUUCUAUAGCCUUCACCUACUCUGUGGUCAUUCUAAUGGUUGCCAUGAUCGAGAAGGCAAAGCGCAACCCCAUCACCUUCUUUGAUACACCACCAAUGCUCUUUGUGUUCAUCUCACUGGGGAGGUGGCUGGAACAAAUAGCCAAGAGUAAAACGUCCGAGGCUCUGUCCAAGCUGAUGUCUUUACAGGCAACAGAGGCCACUGUCGUCUCUCUGAACGAGGAUACAAUGACUAUUCUGAGUGAAGAGCAGGUGGAUGUGGAGCUGGUGCAGAGGGGUGAUAUAGUGAAAGUGGUGCCCGGUGGAAAGUUCCCAGUAGACGGGAGAGUCGUUGAAGGAACCUCUAUGGCGGACGAGUCACUUAUCACAGGUGAAGCCAUGCCAGUGACGAAGAAACCAGGAAGCACAGUGAUCGCCGGCUCCAUCAACCAGAACGGCUCACUGCUCAUCCGAGCCACGCAUGUGGGCACGGACACUACGCUUUCCCAGAUUGUCAAACUGGUGGAGGAGGCACAGACCUCAAAGGCCCCCAUUCAGCAGUUUGCUGAUAAGAUCAGCGGCUACUUCGUCCCCUUUAUUGUAGGUGUCUCUGUGCUCACCCUCGUUGCCUGGACUGUGAUUGGCUUCGUAGACUUCUCUUUGGUGAAGACAUACUUUCCGGAUUAUGAUAGGAGUGUGUCUGAAGCAGAGGCGAUCAUCCGCUUCGCCUUUCAAGCCUCCAUUACUGUGCUUUGCAUUGCCUGCCCUUGCUCGCUUGGACUGGCAACCCCCACAGCAGUGAUGGUAGGCACAGGAGUUGGGGCACAGAAUGGCAUCCUCAUCAAAGGUGGAGAACCUCUCGAGAUGGCACACAAGAUUCAGUCAGUCGUUUUUGACAAAACAGGAACCAUUACUUACGGAACCCCCAGAGUGAUGCAGGUAAAGAUACUGGUCGAGGGGAACAGAAUGGCUCGCUCCAAACUAUUAGCCGUCAUCGGCACGGCAGAAAACAACAGCGAGCAUCCGCUUGGAGCCGCAAUCACCCGCUUCUGUAAACAGGAGCUGGGAAAAGAGACACUGGGAACUUGUACUGAUUUCCAAGCAGUGCCAGGUUGUGGGAUCCGGUGUCAGGUUAGCACCAUGGAGUGCCUGCUGAAGACAGAGGACAGCGACGGAGAGGAGAACGAGCGCAACGCCAUCCUCGUGCAGAUCAGUGACCCCAGAGCCACCUCCGACUAUCAUCCUCUCAUCAUGGACCCUGAGCCACCGACUCGAGCGCAGUCGGCCACGUACACGGUUCUGAUCGGGAACAGGGAGUGGAUGAGGCGCAACGCCCUGCACAUACGGCCUGAAGUGGACGAAGGCAUGAUGGAACAUGAGAGCAGGGGGCGGACCGCUGUACUGGUGGCUGUGGACGGUGUGCUGUGUGCCAUGGUUGCAAUAGCAGACAUGGUGAAGCCUGAAGCUGAGCUGGCUGUACACACUCUCACCUCUAUGGGCCUGGAGGUGAUACUGAUGACUGGCGACAACAGCAAGACCGCACGAGCCAUUGCAGCGCAGGUUGGCAUCCGAAAGGUGUUUGCUGAGGUGCUGCCCUCUCACAAGGUGGCGAAGGUGGAGCAGCUGCAGCUGGCCGGGAAGUGCGUAGCCAUGGUGGGGGACGGCGUGAACGACUCGCCAGCUCUGGCCAAGGCAGACGUGGGCAUCGCGAUCGGCACGGGAACCGACGUGGCUAUUGAAGCGGCAGAUGUGGUACUCAUCAGGAACGAUCUUCUGGAUGUUGUCGGGAGCAUCGACUUGUCCAAGAAGACGGUCAAAAGGAUUCGUAUUAACUUUGUCUUUGCACUAAUCUACAAUGUUGUAGGAAUUCCUAUUGCAGCUGGUGUGUUCAUGCCUAUUGGACUGGUGCUACAGCCAUGGAUGGGUUCUGCUGCUAUGGCUGCUUCUUCUGUGUCUGUGGUCCUCUCCUCCCUUUUCCUCAAAUGUUACACUAAGCCCACCGCUGAGAAGCUGGAGCAACAGAUAUGCGGCCAGCGCAAACCGGGCAGCCUUUCGGACAUCAGCGUUCACAUCGGCAUGGGCGAACUGCGCCGUUCCUCUCCCAGACUCAGCUUACUCGACCGAAUCGUCAACUACAGCCGAGCCUCUAUCAACUCCCUGCGCUCGGAGAAGCAUUCACUCAACAGCAUGGCCUUAAGUGAGCCUGACAAACACUCGCUCCUCAUCUCCGGAGCUCACUGCGACGAGGAGAUCGUCUGACCGGGGCCAUGCCAAGAGAGACGUGAUUCCUAAAGACACCACAGUGCCUGUAGCCUGUAGGGGAGGAACUAAAGUGUGAUCUCAUCCACACACACACACACACAUACACACAAACACACACAAACUGCAGGAGUUUGUGGAGUCAGUCUCCAUCUCUACACCACCCUGUGUGUAACUGGUGUGAGCUCGCAGCCAAAAUUAUAAGGAAAAAGUAGGAAUGCUGACAGAUAUGAUGAUCACGUGAUUUUAUUUUUUUUUUUUGACUGAAGCUGACAAUCUGCAUAACAACCCAAAGAAUUUUUGGACAUGUCAGUUUUUUUUGUUUUUUUGUCGUAUUUUUUUUUUAUUGAGUUUUAGGACUUUAUAUUUAUAAUGCCAUUUAUUUAUACUUUAUAAUGUAGGACGUGUAACAAAAGAAAGUUAUUCUAUUUUAUUCAUCCAAAUACGUUCCACUGACAAUUUUGCCUCCCGAUUCUCAAAUGUACAUUUACCGUGCUGUGUUCACAUACGUGUAGGAACAUGAUCCACUUCUUGAUUUAGGGGCUUCAACAUCGAUAUAUGAUCAGAUAUACAGUACAGACCAAAAGUUUGGACACACCUUCUCAUUCAAAGAGUUUUCUUUAUUUUCAUGACUAUGAAAAUUGUAGAGUCACACUGAAGGCAUCAAGGGCUAUUUGAC